UAUGGAAAAGCCGAGGGACUCGGCCGAAAAGUGCAGCGCCCAUCGCCGUGCCGUCUCCUUCGUCUUCCUUCCCCUCUCCGGUGGUGGCUCCGUGGUCUUCCUCGCGUAGCCUGCCUCUCUCUCUCUUCUGGUAAUCAGGUUGGCAUUUUCAUCUAUUUUAUCCAUAGCUCAUUGGGCUCAUGGAUGGGAACAAGGACGAAGCCUUGAGAUCUAUCGAGCUUGCAAAAUCUGCAUUUGCAUCUGGGGAUAGGCAGCGCGCAGAAAAAUUAGUCAGAAUUGCUCAAAGAUUGGACCCUAGUGUUCCACUUGAUGAUUUGUUGAGCCCAGCUGAGAAGUUUGAUAUCCUGAAUGGUGCUAGUUGCCAAGGCAAAACAGGAAGAGGCCAAGCUUGUGAACACCCCAAAACACCAAAAGAAUCAGUUGGUCAUGUUAAUGUUGAUCAGGUCUACACUGAGGAGAAUAUUAGAGCGGUUCAGGAUAUCAGGAAGAAGAAGGAUUAUUAUGCAGUUCUUGGAGUAGAGAGGAGAUGCACUGUGGAGGAAAUUAGGAAGGCCUACAGGAGAUUAUCACUGAAGGUUCAUCCUGACAAGAAUAAGGCUCCUGGGGCAGAGGAUGCUUUCAAGUUGGUAAGCAAGGCAUUCAAGUGCCUAAGCAAUGAUCAGUCGCGGAAGACUUAUGAUCAAACAGGAACCAUUGAGGACCAUGAGUUUAAUGAGCAAUAUCCCAAUGCCAUGAGGCGGGGAAUGGCCAGGCGGAGGACGCAAGCAAGAAGUGGCUUCUAUAACUACGAGGAAGAUUUUGAUCCAGAUGAGAUAUUCAGGUCCUUCUUUUAUGGCACCCAUGAUAAUUUGUUUCGUGCCCAGAAUACCUACAGAGCAAGGGGAACAGUUAGGCAACAGCAACAGAGAAGGGAGCAUACAGUGCAGGGUGGUUCUGGCAUAAACCUAACAGUGUUAGUGCACCUUGCAGUGGUAUUGAUUAUUGUUUCACUUGCAUUCAUUCCGGUGCAGCAGCCUGAGUAUUCCCUGCAGAAGACAUAUUACUUCCCCAUAUCAAAGGUCACUCAAAAGCAUGGGGUGGAGUACUUUGUCAGCAAACAAGAUUUUGAUCAGAAGUUUCCACAGGGGAGUCAAUCUAGAGAGAUUCUUGAGCAGUAUGUUUUUAAGGACUAUAAGAGUCUGCUUGGAAGAUAUUGCCAUGUCGAACGUCAACGGCGUCAAUGGGCUAAGGACUACCCUACCCCUAACUGUGACAAGCUAAGGAACCUAUCUGUAGCAUAAAUUGUGCAUAUGUGAUUAGUUUGGUCUCUCAUUUUCAUCCUUGGAAGAAUAUCACUCAUCUUCGCAGGUAAUAUCCAUUAUUUUUCCUGAACACAAUUCAAAUAAGGUGGUUGUUGUGUGUUCUCAUGUGUAAAUCCAAGUAAAUAUUUCUGAGUUUUCUCAUAGCCUCAAAGUAUAGCCAGGACUUAUACAGAAGGUAAGCUACCUGUUGGUUCUUAUUAUGAUGCUUGAACUCUUAGGGAAAGAGUAGUACAAUUGUACAGAUAUUGUUUGAGUAGAGCUCAGGCUGGUUGCUUUGACUGCCUAGAUUCUAGGAAGCAUAAUGCUGAUGUAGACUAGGUGGAACAGUAUUAAAACCUGAGCAGUUAAUUUGAUCUAAUAGUUCCUCUAUAUCAUUACACAACUUAUAUGUGUGAGUGUGAUUGUCAUUUCAUGGAGAAGUUGAUUGAUCUGUUCAGUUGAUAUUAUGUCAAGUAACUUAACUAAAGUUUGGUCUCUCCCUGUCUGGAAUAUGUCUCACAUAGGUCUUGUUUUCCUGCACCUCUGUUGGAUGAUGCAGGCGUAGCAUGGCAAUCUUUUCGAUAGAAAAAAGAGCUGUAUGGUUUCUAGUCCAUCUGUUUGUGAGACGACACAAGGCCGAUACCUGGAAAAUGGUGCUACCUGUUGUUAUGAUAUUCGACUGGUAUAUGUUCGGGCAAUUUACACGACUCGUGAAGCAGUAAGCCAGAGCAUACAGGCCUUCUUUAAUUACUACAUGAAGAGAUACGGUGGCUGGCGACCAGCUGAUUGAAGUUCCGCUGUGCGUGUUCAUGCUGAUGCAGCCCAAAAUAUUCGUCUGAAUCAAUUACCACCUGGCACUUGCCUCCAGAUGCUGAACUUGUUAAUGGAUGUGAAUUCUUGUCCAAAUAUCUACCCUGAAAGGUGGUUAACAAACUUGUGAUUGGCAUUAAAACCACCAUCAUGCGUGCCUCCACUUUACUGUAGAGUAAACCCCUUUAAAGGCAAAUGGAAACGUGGAAUACUUGUCAUACUUUUAUGCGAGGUCCAAACCUCUCUAAUAAUUGUUCCCUUGCCACAUAUUUUUUA